AUAUGUGCCCGCACUGUUCAAUACUCGCUCUAUAAAUAUAUAUAUUUCACCAGAUAUCUCCAUAUCAUGAUAUCAUAUAUUAAUUAAGCUAUUUAAUAUAUCCUAAACCACAUCUAGUUAUGCCAGAAGAUGAUGGCAACUUAGCUAAGGAGCCAAAAUAUUUUUGCGUUGUUACUGGUAAUUAUAUCAUGGAUGAUAAAGCAAUCCAGUCACUGCAAUAUAUAGAAGAAGUCACCACUAACGCCGAUGAAGUUCAAAGACGAGUUCUCUCUGAAAUCCUUUCCCGUAGUGCCAACGUUGAGUACUUGCAAAGACAAGGCCUUAAGGGCCACACUGAUAGAGAAACUUUCAGGAAGGUCAUUCCAGUAGUUACUUAUGAAGAUUUGAAGCCUGAUAUUGAUCGCAUCGCUAAUGGUGACACCUCUCCUAUUCUUUGCUCCCAACCCAUUUCCGAGUUCUUAACUAGUUCUGGGACAUCCGAGGGAGAGAGGAAACUAAUGCCAACUAUUCAAGAAGAGCUGGAAAGGCGGUCCCUUCUGUACAGCCUCUUGAUGCCAGUGAUGAGCCAAUUUGUUCCAGGUUUGGAAAAGGGAAAAGGAAUGUAUUUCUUGUUUGUGAAAUCUGAGGCUAAGACUCCAGGUGGACUAGUAGCUCGUCCGGUUCUAACCAGCUACUACAAGAGCUCUCAUUUCAUGAACCGUGGACACGAUGAUGCUUACACCAACUACACAAGCCCAAACGAAACAAUCUUUUGCCAAGACUCGUACCAAAGCAUGUAUUCUCAACUGCUAUGUGGGCUUUGUCAAAACACUCAGGUUGUUCGGGUUGGGGCGGUUUUCGCUUCUGGAUUCAUUCGUGCCAUUAAAUUCCUUGAAAAGAAUUGGGUUUCUUUGGUUAAUGAUAUCAGGACUGGAACUUUGAACUCUGAGAUUGAGGACAUGGAGGUAAGAGUUUCGGUCAUGAAAAUUCUCAUCAAACCUGAUCCUGAACUGGCUAGUUUCGUUGAGGCUGAAUGUAUGAAAGAGUCAUGGAAAGGGAUUAUAACAAGGUUGUGGCCAAACACCAAGUAUAUAGAUGUUAUUGUUACAGGAACUAUGUCACAGUAUAUUCCUACUCUUGACUAUUACAGCAAUGGUCUCCCCCUUGUUUGUACCAUGUAUGCUUCUUCUGAGUGUUACUUUGGCCUCAAUCUAAACCCUCUUUGUAAACCAACCCAAGUCUCUUAUACCAUUAUUCCCACUAUGGCUUAUUUUGAGUUCCUGCCUGUGAAUAAAAAAAGUGGCAAAGUUUCUGAUGACCCAGCUGAAUCCCUCCACCAAGAGUUGGUUGACCUUGUUAACGUCAAAAUUGGAGAACAAUAUGAGCUUGUUGUCACCACUUAUUCAGGCCUUUACCGCUAUCGCGUUGGAGAUAUACUAAGAGUAUCAGGAUUCAAAAACAAGGCACCGCAAUUCAACUUCGUACGAAGAAAGAAUGUAGUUUUGAGCAUUGAUUCUGAUAAAACGGACGAAGUAGAACUCCAAAACGCGGUGAAGAAGGCGACCACCAAGCAUCUUAACUCAUAUGGUGCCUCUCUUGUUGAAUACACAAGUUUUGCUGACACGUCAGCCAUCCCAGGGCACUAUGUCCUAUACUGGGAGAUUACCCAAAAUGAGAAGACUCCAAUUCCUAAGUCGGUUUUUGAGGAUUGUUGCCUUACAGUUGAAGAGUCCCUUAACAGCGUGUACCGCCAAGGCCGAGUUUCGGACAAGUCUAUUGGAGCACUUGAGAUUAAGAUAGUUGAAAAUGGAACAUUUGAUAAGCUGAUGGACUAUGCAAUUAGCCAGGGUGCCUCCAUAAACCAGUACAAGGCCCCACGGUGCGUGAGAAACGCCUCCAUUGUGGAGCUUCUCGAUUCCAAGGUGGUUUCUAAUUACUUCAGUCCAAAAUGCCCCAAUUGGGAUCCUGGUUAUAAGCAAGGGGGCACUACGGCCUCUACUACUCAUGAUGCUUGAAAAGAUUAUUUUAAAUCUCUUCUUUUCUCUCACUCUCAACCAAUAAUAUAUAUAUAUAUACAUAUAUUAUUGUGCAGGACUAUAUGAAGCUCUAUAUGGAAGUGUGAACUAGAAUUUGUAUUAGCCUGUUUUGGUGUUUCCUUGUGAUAUUUAAUUAACUUGUGUUAUUUGUUUAAUAUUUUGCUUACCCGAAAGCAUUAGUACUAUCUCAAGAAAAUUGACUGUUUUUUUUUUUCUGUGAAA